AUGCAGAAUGUUGGACAGUCUGAAAACCGAAAUAUCGAUAAGGUGAAUGUGCAACUUGAUGUGGUAAAAUCGUCCACUCCUCAAAGUUCGGCUUCGAGUCCGGCCAAAUCUGAAACCGAAACGUAUUCAGGAGCGCCUGCCAAAUACAUGACGGACUCUUCGGAAAGCGAGGAUGACUCUGUGUCGGAGGCGGAGAUGGAAGAGGAAGGUGGUGGUGCAGAGCCAUCAAAGUUCCUGUUAUCCCAUGAUGACCCUGAGCGGGCUGUUGAUCCAGAGAUGCAGGCUCGACUAGAAGCUUUGCUUGAAGCAGCGGGCAUCGGCAAGUUAUCCGGUGAGGGCAAGCACCUCGCCGACCCGGAGGUGCUUCGGCGGUUGACGUCGUCGGUGUCGUGCGCGCUCGACGAGGCGGCCGCCGCGCUCACACGCAUGCGCAGCGACCAGCCACCACCACACCACCGACACCACCAUCAGGACAAAAAUCAACAAUGCGGGUCGAGUGCAACGGGAACAACACCUACGGUAGCGUCGUCGGUCGGCGCGGACGGCGCACCUUCGCUAGCGGAAGCUUGUUCGGACGGCGACGUGGGCACCGUCAGAAAACUGCUCACCGAGGGCCGCUCCGUGCACGAGACUACAGAGGAAGGAGAGUCGCUACUCUCGCUCGCAUGCUCCGCGGGAUACUACGAGCUCGCGCAGGUGUUGCUGGCCAUGCACGCCAGCGUAGAGGACCGCGGCAUCAAGGGUGACUGCACCCCGCUGAUGGAGGCAGCGAGCGCGGGCCACGUGGACAUCGUGCGACUACUGAUCGCGCACCACGCAGACGUCAACGCCGUGUCGGGCUCCGGCAACACGCCGCUCAUGUACGCCUGCGCCGGCGGACACGAGGAGUGCGUGCGCGCGCUACUGGAGAGCGGCGCCAACGUCGAGGACCACAACGAGAACGGACACACGCCUCUCAUGGAGGCGGCGUCUGCGGGUCACGUGGGUGUGGCCAAGAUCCUCCUGGAGCACGGCGCGGGCAUCAACACACACUCGAACGAGUUCAAGGAGUCUGCGCUGACACUGGCGUGCUACAAGGGCCACCUGGACAUGGUCCGCUUCCUGCUGGCGGCCGGCGCCGACCGCGAGCACAAGACCGACGAGAUGCACACCGCGCUCAUGGAGGCCAGCAUGGACGGACACGUCGAGGUCGCAAGGCUACUGCUGGACUCCGGCGCACAAGUUAACAUGCCGACUGACAGUUUCGAAUCACCGCUGACUUUGGCGGCAUGCGGUGGCCAUGUUGAACUAGCGAUGUUACUUCUAGAACGAGGAGCUAACAUCGAGGAAGUGAACGACGAAGGCUACACUCCACUCAUGGAAGCCGCUAGAGAAGGUCAUGAGGAAAUGGUGGCAUUACUACUGGGUCAGGGAGCAUCAAUCAACGCGCAAACAGAAGAAACUCAAGAGACUGCAUUAACACUGGCGUGUUGCGGCGGAUUCCUCGAAGUGGCCGACUUUCUCAUCAAAGCUGGCGCCGACGCCGAGCUAGGAGCCUCCACACCUCUUAUGGAAGCUUCUCAAGAGGGACACCUCGAGCUCGUGCGGUACCUGCUGAAGGCGGGCGCGGACGUGAACGCGCAGACGCAGACGGGCGACACGGCGCUGACGUACGCGUGCGAGAACGGACACACCGACGUGGCCGACCUCCUGCUGCGGGAGGGCGCGCAGCUCGAGCACGAGAGCGAGGGCGGCCGCACGCCGCUCAUGAAGGCGUGUCGCGCCGGACACGUCUGUACUGUGCAGUUCCUCGUCGGGAAGGGUGCAGACGUAAACCGCAUGACCGCUUUGGGCGAUCACACGCCGCUUUCACUAGCGUGUGCGGGCGGACAUGUGGACGUGGUGAAGUUUCUGUUAGCAUGUGACGCGGAUCCAUUCCGCAAGCUGAAAGAUAACUCCACUAUGCUCAUCGAAGCAGCCAAGGGAGGUCAUGCAGCCGUCGUACUUCUCCUGCUAGACUACCCGCACUCCGUCAUGUUACCGAGAGGUAACGCGACGGCGGAGGAGGCGGGCGGGCUGAGCGCGGCGCAGGCGGCGGCGCUGGGGCUGGCGCACGCGGCGGCGCCGGGCGCGGGCGGCGCGGCGGCGGGCGGCGCGGGCGGGGCCGCGGCGCCGCGCGCGCUGCUGCCGGCGGAGGCGGGCGCGGGCAAGUUGUCCAAGGUGUACGUGGACGAGCGCGGGCUGGCGGCGCGCAAGAAGCCGGAGCCGGAGCCCAGCAAGCACAAGUGCACGCGCAAGCAGCGCGCCGCGCCGCCGCACUCCGACCACCACCUGCCGCCGCCGCCCGACAUACUCGACGACAACCGGGACCCGCGCGACUGCCUGCCCGACGCCGACCGCAGCCUGCUCGACCUGCCCGACCCCGCAGGUCCGCCAACGCUCGCCACGUCGGCGCUGCACGCCUUGGACCUACAGUUCUGCGCUCAAGGUGUGACGACGGUGCACCCCCCCACGACGCCCCCCUACCCGCCCCCGCAGCAGUUGUUCCCAGUGCAGCAGCUCGCCACCAACCUCAACCAGCACCAACUGCAGGAGUUGCAACAACAGCAAUUCCAGCAGCUAGCUGUACAACAACAGCAACAGCACCAGCAGCAACAGCAUCAGCAGCAACAACAGAAGAAGCAACAGCAGCAACAACAGCAGCUGUACGUGCAAGAGUUGCAGCAGAGGCCUGAAGCUUUCGCGGCGCAGUUGGUGGAGGCGGCGGAGGGCGCGGGCGCGGAGGCGGCGGGCGUGGAGGCGCGCGAGCUGGGCGCCGUGCUGGCCUACCUGCAGCGCGAGGUGCCGUCGCUGGUGGCGCUGCCGCCCAACGAGCUGCGCUCGCUCGUGCUGCAGGUGAUGCAGCAGAAGUCGCACGAGAUCCUGUCGUCGAAGUGCGCGGAGGCGGAGGCGGAGCGCGGCGACGCGGACGACGACGGCCACGAGCGCCACGCGCGCAGGCUGCUGGAGGAGGCGCUGAGCGCGGACGGGCCGCGCCAGGACCACCACCAUCACCACCACCACCACCACCACCACGUCGACGUCACGGCCAGCAACGGAUGCCAGUUCAGACUACGACCGUCGUCUCCCUCGGGGAAACUCGAGAGUGGCAUAAUCCUAACGCGGGCCGACAACGACAUAUUGACAAUACCUCAAUCGUCUUCUCAACCUCAACCGCAGCAGCAACCUCACGCUCAGCCUGAUCUCCAACCACAUUUCGCACUGCCUCCACCGACGCUGCCCUAUGAAGACUAUAGGUCGGCGACGUUCGCGGCGUACCACGCGGGUUUCGCGGCGAGCGCCGCGGUGGGCGGCGCGGCGCACGCGGCGCACGGCCCUCCUCACGCCGCGCACGGCCCGCCCCACGCCGCGCACGGCCCGCCGCACGCCACGCCGCAGCCCGCGCCGCACUCCAAGCGGGACCAGCACCACCACUCCACCGCCAAGAAGAAGAAUCGCUUCGCGGGUACGGGUAGAGGCUGCCGGUCGGGCGAGGCGUUCGGCACGGCGACUCCCCCCGCGCCCGCGCCGGCCGCCUACUGUGCCAUGGACGUGGACGGAGAGACCGACUCCAACCAUGACACGGCGCUGACGCUGGCCUGUGCCGGGGGACACGAGGACCUCGUCGAGCUACUGCUCAGUCGGGGUGCGGAUAUCGAACACCGGGACAAGAAGGGCUUCACACCGCUAAUUCUAGCGGCGACUGCCGGUCACGAGAAGAUCGUGGAAAUUCUUUUGAACCACGGUGCAGAUAUCGAAGCACAGUCGGAGCGAACAAAAGACACUCCGCUGUCGCUGGCGUGUAGCGGCGGGCGAUACGAGGUCGUGGAGCUCAUCCUCAGCCGCGGCGCCAACAAGGAGCAUCGGAACGUCUCCGACUACACCCCCCUCUCCCUCGCCGCCAGUGGUGGAUAUGUAAACAUCAUCAGAUUACUGCUCACUCAUCAGGCCGAAAUCAAUUCUCGAACUGGUUCGAAACUAGGUAUUUCCCCUCUUAUGUUGGCUGCUAUGAACGGGCACACGGCCGCCGUGCGCCUUUUGUUGGACUGCGGCUCUGAUAUCAACGCGCAGAUAGAGACCAACCGGAACACCGCUCUCACCCUCGCCUGCUUCCAAGGUCGGCACGAGGUGGUGAGCCUGCUCCUGGACCGCAAGGCCAACGUGGAGCACCGCGCCAAGACGGGGCUGACGCCGCUCAUGGAGGCGGCCAGCGGCGGCUACGUGGAGGUGGGCCGCGUGCUGCUGGACAAGGGCGCCGACGUCAACGCGCCGCCCGUGCCGUCCUCGCGCGACACCGCGCUCACCAUCGCCGCCGACAAGGGACACACCAAGUUUGUGGAGCUCCUGCUGCAAGGUACACUAGCUUCGUCUAUCCAACCAUUCAUAACUUUGCGUGUAUUCAAAUGUGUUCCCUGA